AUGCCGUCGUCAUUGGAGGAUGAACUCUUCCCAUCAACCCCAGGGAAGUUCAAGAUCGAGAGAAACCACGGCAUGAUGAACCGUCAAGUCUACCGUUGUUUCGCUUCCACCAGCACUAUGUUCUUGUGGGCCCUUUUUCUCAUCGCUCUAACCGCUUCUUAUCUAAGUUUCCAAAGCUUCGUCGAUUCCGGUAGCCGCUAUAUCUCCGCCUCAUGGGGAGGAAUCCAGUGGGAGAAACAAGUUCGAACCUCCGCACAAGUUCACCGGCAAGGUGGCAUGUCGGUUCUCGUCACCGGCGCAGCAGGUUUCGUUGGGUCCCAUGUCUCCCUCGCUUUGAAAAGAAGAGGAGACGGCGUCAUUGGACUCGAUAACUUCAACGACUAUUACGAUCCUUCGCUUAAAAAAGCUCGUAAAGCUCUUUUAACAAGCCACGGCGUUUUCAUCGUGGAAGGUGAUAUAAACGACGCUAAGCUUUUAGCCAAGCUGUUUGAUGUUGUGGCUUUCACUCAUGUUAUGCAUCUCGCGGCUCAAGCCGGUGUUCGUUAUGCUAUGGAGAAUCCUCACUCUUAUGUUCACAGCAAUAUAGCCGGACUUGUCACGCUUCUCGAGGCUUGUAAAACGGCUAACCCUCAGCCGUCAGUUGUUUGGGCUUCGUCAAGCUCCGUUUACGGUUUAAACGAGAAAUCUCCAUUCUCCGAAUCAGAUCGGACCGAUCAACCGGCGAGCCUGUACGCGGCGACGAAGAAAGCUGGUGAGGAAAUUACUCACACCUACAAUCACAUCUACGGUCUCUCCAUCACCGGAUUACGGUUCUUCACCGUUUACGGUCCUUGGGGAAGACCUGACAUGGCUUAUUUCUCGUUCACCCGAAACAUUCUCCAGGGAAAGCCUAUAACCGUUUACCGCGGCAAGAAUCAUGUCGAUCUGGCUCGUGAUUUCACAUACAUUGAUGAUAUCGUGAAAGGAUGUAUCGGAUCGUUGGAUACUUCAGGGAAGAGUACUGGUUCCGGUGGCAAGAAACGAGGACCAGCACCUUACCGGAUUUUCAACCUCGGAAAUACUUCUCCGGUGACGGUUCCGACGUUGGUGAGUAUUUUGGAACGGCAUUUGAAGGUGAAGGCCAAGAGGAAUAUUUUGGAUAUGCCUGGAAACGGCGACGUUCCGUUCACACAUGCGAAUAUUAGUUCGGCCCGAAGAGAACUCGGGUAUAAACCCACAACCGAUUUACAAACCGGGUUGAAGAAAUUCGUGAAAUGGUAUCUUUCGUACUACGGAUAUGGCAAACCUGUAAAUUAA